AUGGUGGAUUUUGUGAGACCCGCGUAUUUGGGCACAAAGAAAAGCUUCAUUCAAAUGUUUGAGAAACCGAUUAAAAACGGUCAAUGCACUGAUUCAACUCCAGCCGAUCAAAAAUUAGCUCGUCAAAGAACUCACGUGCUCACCGAGAGUCUCCGGGGAUUUGUGCAGAGGAGAACGCACUCAUUGCUGAAGGAGAUCCUCCCCGAGUGCAGAGAGUACGUGCUGUACUUGCGAAAAAGCCCCAUUCAACAUGCUCUCUACAAAGCUUUCAUCCUUUACGCGCAGCAAGAGAUCGAUACGGGAAACACUGGCACUUUCAAUCCGCUGAAAGCUUUUGCCGCCUGUAGCAAGAUCUGGAAUCACCCGGAUGUCCUCUACUCCUGGCUGCAGCGACGAAAAGAACUCGAUGCUAAAGUUGAAGCUGAUAAAAAAGCCGAACUCGAUGCCAUUCAAAAGAAACAACAAAAGUUGAUCACUCAAUGGAUGCAUCCACCAAAUGAUUUCACCAAUACACAAACGUUUGGGAAUCAAUUUGGACAAAAUUUCAAUCCUCAACCCCCUCCUUACGACUUCUCAAAUCAAUCUGCUUAUCCGGGAUCUUCAUCAAGUUUCAUGAACCCAAGCCCACCCACCACAAUGCAUCAAAUGCCCGGUUUCCCGCAACAAUCGAUGAAUGACUUUGGAGGAGGAUAUCGGCAAUUUAUGAAUAUGCCGACAACUACUUCUGGCUACGCCUCACCGAUGGCUCCAUCGAGUAUCACAAGUGUCACCUUCCCGAUCUCAAUGCCCCAAAGUUCUCCAUUUGAUUCGAUCGGUCCCCCAUCAAUCCAAUCAACCUCUUCCGCAAGCAAUUACGACGAGCUUGAUCAAAUCUGGGCAAAUAUGGGCACAUCAAGGGAUGAUUUUAAUCAAAACUCAGUGCCUCCAAUCGAGCAGCAACUCGCCUCAAGUGUGAAUCUCUCACCUGGAAAUGUGGCUGGACAAAUGCCUGCAAAAAGCUUCAGAGACUCGAGGUGGUCGAGGUGGUGGAAAGCCGCAACUCUUUUGUCCGCUUUGCAAGAAGAGCUGGAUAUGGAUGUUGGACUGAAAUAUGAUUGGGCAGAGAUCGCAAUGUCGCGCUAUGAGAGAGGGACGUUGGACAAUGGCUAUAAACUGGUUGUUGCAAUGGGAUUGAUCAAUGAGGCGACGAAGAGAGAUGAGAAGAUCUUGUUGUUUAGUCAAAACCUCACCACUUUGGAUGUUCUCGAGGAUUAUCUCUCGAAAUCGAAGGUGCAGACAUCGGAUGGAUUGAACGAUUCGUGGCAAAGAAAUGUCAACUAUUUUCGCUUUGAUGGCACAACAGCUGGUGUUGAACGCGAGAAGUUGAUCACUAGAUUCAACGGCGAUCCAGCUAUUCGGCUAUUCAUCAUCUCUACGAGAGCUGGCUCUUUGGGAAUCAACUUGGUCUCCGCAAAUCGGUGUAUCAUUUUUGAUGCUUGCUGGAAUCCGUGCCACGACGCGCAAGCUGUUUGCCGUGUCUAUCGAUACGGUCAAAAGCGUCGCACCUACAUCUAUCGUCUCGUCAUGGACAACAGCAUGGAGCGAGCGAUCUUCAAUCGACAAAUCUCGAAAAGUGGACUAGCUCAAAGAGUCGUUGAUGAUGUGCAAGUGGAUUCGAAUUUGACACAAAAGGAACUCGAGACAUUGCUUGUUUAUGAGGAGGCUUUGGAUCUCCAUGUCGAUCAUCAAAAUGUUGCCGAAUGGGAAAUCGAAGAUGAGGUGCUGAAAACGGUUGUCGAUCAGAACACCAUUGCUUUUGCUGGGAAACCAAUCCUUCACGAGUCGUUGAUGUUGGAGAGUGAGGAGAAGUUGAGCGAAGAGGGAGAAACGAGAAGCUCAGCUAUUUUUCCCGGAAUCCCCAAUGAGGAGAACUUGGCUCCAUUGGAGGCACAAGUCCUCAAGCAACUAAUAAAUGAAACUACAUCCGAUUACUUUGCGAAUGAUUAUCGAAUGAAUCAAAUGCCGCCAAUGGGAAUGGGAGGAGCAAUGGGAUACUCUAGCAAUUUCAAUGGAAUGGAUCCCCUUCGAUCGGCUCCACUCCCUCAAAACGUUCGCUUCAACUACAUGCGACAAGGCAUUGGAGGAGCGACGAUGGCUUCUUUGCCUUCACCAUCGUAUUUAUCGCUGCAAAAGCCCUAUCAAAGGCCUUACGGAACGAUGAGAAACGAGAAUUUCCCCGUUUAUUACAAUCAAGGAAAUAGCAACGAUGCGGGCUCGUCACGUUUCAAUCCGAGUCUUCAAUCGAUGAACCCAUUCUCACAGCCGCAUAGGAGAGAUCUCAUGAAUCGUCUCGAGUUGCUGAGAGCUGCUAAAAAGAUUGGUGAACCUGAGAUCAAAGACGAUGACAAGGCUAUUUUACAAAGAAUAAUCCUUGAGCAAGAUAUGAGACUCCGAAUUUGUCAACUUGAUGAUCAAUACGAUGAUCUCCCGCGGGGAACCGAGCUGACUCUUGUUCUCAACCCGGCUGGAACCUUUGCCAAAGAUACACGCACAACAGAUGGAAAAGUGUACAAUUGCAGGAAUACGGCGCUGGAUCUAGGUUUCUACCGUGAACCCCCAAACAGUCAAAUGAUGCCGAUGAGAGGCCCAUCCACUCACGAUCAACCAUUGAGAUUCUUCAAUCCCUUGAAGGGAAAAUUGCUACAACCGGCAAACUUCGUUGGCAUGCCGCAGUUGCAAAUAAAUUCACUCUCCUCAAAUAGCGGCUCGAUGGAUGAAUGCAUUGAGCUUGAU